AUGAUGGCGCGAUCCUUCACUAGGAAGGACGUUGUUGUUGCUGCUGCUGUUGUUGUUGCUGCUGCUGCUGCUGCUGCUGCUGACGAUGACGAUGAUGAUGAUGAUGAUGAUGAUGAUGGCGAUGAUGCAAACCUUAAUAAUGAGCUACGUCCUGGCUGCGAAGGGCGGUUAAAGCAAAGGUUAAUGGGACCAGGAGGACUAGAGUAGCAGUUUAGAUGCUUAUCGAUUCCUCGGUGUUUGUUGACUAGCACAAAAUGACAUCAAACAGUCUGGUUGUGCAUUCGCGCCAUUCGUUUCUUCACAACCGGGGUUCCAAGGAAAGGUCUUGCAUUGGCUAGCAAAAUAAUCCCAAAAACAGAAGGAAGAUGAGUCUAAAUGUUGAAGAUGCUCCUUUUAGUUUUCCCACAGUAGGUCUGGAUACCUGGACCAGCCGCCUAGUCGGCCUGAAACGUUUUGGCACAAUGUGAGUUGAUUUACUUGAGUUAGCUCUGGUGUAGACCCAAGCAGGGUUGGGGGACUUAGUGAAAUUUUGAUUUCUGGUGGUUAAAUACUUUCUCCUGAGCGUGUCGCCGUUGGUCAUUAUCAGCGGCGAGCCCAGUUGAGUCAAAAUCAGUAAGUUUUCCUCGCAUCAAGGUGGGCUUAUGGCCAGUGACGGGAGACAAUUAUGAUUUAUUGAAUGAUAGUUGAGAUGGUAGAAUUCGUAAUGAGAGAGCCAAUUCUGUUUACGAACCUUUUGUGAAGGCAAUUAAAAGGCCAAUCUUUGGUCUCCACCCCCAGCCCUUCCUCCUAAGGACAUUCCAAGUCGGGUGAAGAUCAGUCCCUUGCUAAGCUACAUGGUCAUUCCGGUUGGCCGUGUCCAGAUGUUCUCCAGGCACAGAGUUACGCAAGUGCUUUCAGUCGUUGAACUGGAUUCGGGAGUUAUGAAGGCCUAGCUCGUGUUCUGUGGUCCCACCUUAUGCUUCGACUCAACAGGAUCUGGUUACCUGGCCCGACUACAGUCAUUAUCGUCUUUCGAUUCAAGUCUGUACUCGCUCGUGUGUGAUCAUGAGAAGUUUUCCGGGGAAGAUCCUCCCGCCUGUACCAAAGACUAGCCUGAAAAUGAGUUUACCGUUUGCCUUGUCUUCAGUCAGACUUCUGAUUUUCGUCGGUCAGCUCCUGGUGAUGCCGGGGACCCCACCAGCGGCCCUCACCAAUCAAGCUACAGAUUCUCCGCAUACUGUGUCUCUGUUGUCGUGUAA